AUGGCGGCCCCGACAAGCACGGCUGAGGGGCCGUUAGUAGGCGCAGUGGUUCAGGGGACCAAUUCUACCCGUUUUCUGGUUUUCUGUGCAAAAACAGCAGAACUGGUGAGUUUCCAUAGAGUGGAAUUAUCACAAGAGUACCCGCAAGAAGGAUGGGUGGAACAAGAUCCGAAGGGAAUUCUUCAGUCUGUCUAUGAAUGUAUAGAGAAAACGUGCCAGAAACUUGACCAAUCUGUAGCCAAUAUAAAAGCUAUUGGUAUCAGCAAUCAGAGGGAAACCACUGUAGUCUGGGACAAGUUCUCUGGAGAGCCUCUAUAUAAUGCUAUUUUAUGGCUUGAUCUGAGAACCCAGGGGACUGUUCAGACUUUUGGUAGGAAAAUUCCAGGUAAUAACAACUUUGUCAGAUCCAAGACGGGCCUUCCACUUAGCACUAACUUCAGUGCGCUGAAACUUCGUUGGCUUAUUGACAACGUUAAACAAGUGCAGAAUGCUGUGGAAGAAGAAAGAGCAUUUUUUGGCACCAUUGAUUCGUGGCUUAUCUGGAAUAUGACGGGCGGAACAAAUGGUGGCAUUCAUUGCACAGACGUAACAAAUGCAAGUAGAACGAUGCUCUUCAACAUCCACACCUUGGCCUGGGACAAAGAGCUCUGUAACUUUUUUGAUAUUCCCAUGCACAUUCUACCAAGCACAUGCAGUUCUUCUGAGAUCUAUGGCCUGAUAAAAGGGGGUGCCCUGGAUGGUCUGCCAAUAUCCGGGUGUUUGGGAGACCAGUCUGCAGCAUUAGUAGGACAAAUGUGCUUCCAGGAAGGACAAGCCAAAAACACAUAUGGAACAGGCUGUUUCUUACUAUGUAAUACUGGUCAAAGGUGUGUCUUUUCUGAGCACGGCCUUCUGACAACCGUGGGUUACAAACUAGGCAAGGAAAAACCUGUAUUUUAUGCAUUGGAAGGAUCUGUUGCUAUAGCCGGUGCUCUUGUUCGCUGGUUAAAAGACAAUCUUGGAAUCAUAAAGGCCCCAGAAGAAAUCGAUGGUCUUGCUGAAAUGGCAGGUACUUCCUAUGGCUGCUACUUUGUCCCAGCAUUUUCAGGUUUAUACGCACCUUAUUGGGAAGCAAGUGCAAGAGGGAUGCUAUGCGGUCUCACUCAGUUCACCAAUAAAAGCCACAUUGCUUUUGCUGCAUUAGAAGCCAUUUGCUUCCAAACUCGAGAGAUCGUGGAUGCCAUGAACCAUGACUACGGAGUUCCACUCACUCAUUUGCGAGCAGAUGGAGGAAUGACUAACAGUAAAGUCCUUAUGCAACUACAAGCGGACAUUCUCCAUAUUCCAAUAUUAAAGUCCAAUUUGUCGGAUGCCUCUGCAUUGGGAACUGCCAUGGCAGCAGGAUCUGCAGAAGGAGUGAAUGUUUGGACUGUGAAACCUGAGGAGUUAAUGGAUAUGAAUGUCGAACAGAUUGAACCAGAAAUGCAGGCUGAAGACAGUGAAACUCGUUUUUCUACAUGGAAGAAAGCCGUGCUUAAAUCAAUGGGGUGGGUUACAGCUCCACUUCCCGAAGGUGGUGAUGGUUCUGUCUUCUCUAGUUUACCUUUGGGGUUUUUUAUAGUGAGUAGCAUGAUAAUGUUGAUUGCAGCAAGACAUGGCACGGGUUUGUGA